AUGCAGAGAACGUCGUUGUGCUGCCUCAUUUGCUUCCUCUUCACACUUUUCUGGUCCCUUCACUUCACUGUUGCUUGUAAAUACUUACAAGCUAUUCAAAUUUUGGAAACUAAUGCCCUACAAAAAUCCACUUCUCCCACCUACACUCCAGUACAGAUUGGAAUUGCUCAAGAUGUGUCAAUUAAUUUGACUCAACUCUUCCAAACUGAAUUGUCCAUCUCGGUGGAGGAGGCGCGACACACUCUCAUCUUCUUCACCGAUGCAUCAGAGAGUCGACCAUUUGUUAUCCGGCAAGGGAAGGAUGGAUCGCGUAUACUGACUAAUGAGUUGCCCAUUGACAGGGAGGAGAUUUGUGAUCCCUACAAAUUUCCCCACCAUGCUGCAGUGUCGCGUAGAUGCUGUGCCAGAAAAAGUAGUCAACAAAUGAAAGCGACGGCAGCGGCUGUGGCGGAGGACGAGGAGGAGGCGGAGGAGGAGGCAGAGGAGCGGGUGGAAAAUCACACCGAGAAUUCGCUUAAUCCUCCUCGACUUAAUUUUAGGUGUUGUGUCUUUUUGGGUAUCACAGUUGAAGGCUACGGAACAUUUGCCCUUCGUAUCGAUGUGGUUGAUGUAAACGACAAUCCUCCUCGUUUUCACCUGUCACCUGAUUUCACUCUUGGCCAUGGUGGUAAAGAGACACCAGCAGUGCUUAAGAUAGUAGAGAAUACAGUACAGGGAACAAUUAUUUCUCUUCCACAGGCAUUUGACUUGGACGAGGGCAAGAAUGCUGAGUUGUUGUUUCGUGUGGAGAAAAUGAGUCCAAUGGCAACUUGGGAGCGACAUUUUAAGCUAUUGUCAGGAUCAGAGGAUCGUUGCAUUACCAAUACCCUCACCGACAUUCAGUUGAGAGAUGUGACAUUUCCAGCUCUCUGUCUACUUAGCACAAUUGAUAGAGAGACUACUCCCACCGCUGGUUUCACCUUUGAUUUGAUCGCGAGGGAUCAGGGCGAGCCUGUCGCCCUAUCAACUACCCUCUCAAUGUCAAUUGUUGCACCUCCUUAUCCUCUUCUUCUUCUUCUUCCUCCUCCUCCUGCAUAUUUUAAGCAUAAGACUCAGCCCUCUUCCGAAUCUCGACUAGCGGGGCGUAUCAAACAGAGAAGGAGAGAGGAGGAAAAAAUUGAAUUAGGACUUGUGGGCGGGAGAACUGAUUGGUUUAUGUAA